AGCUUAAAAACUAUCUCCUUAUCAAUUCAUGCUAACAUCUAAGCCGGUGAAUAUUUUUGACAAUUCAAAUGAGUCGUGUCCUAAGAUCUAGUAUCAGGGAAAACAAAACAGAGCAAGUUACUACUCGAGAACAGCGGAGUAAGAGAGUUUUCUCUCUAAUCCCCUCAGCGUCUUUCAACUCAACAGAAACCCCUAAACGUCGUCUCACACAGCGAAAACGACCGGAUCCCCUCGAUUCUUGUAAAAAAGUAACAUCUCUCGGUUGCGAAUCAUCAACCGUAAAAGACCAAGUAAAUGUGUUGAACAAGCCAAAUACUCUUCUUGAAACUCACUCAUCUGUGGUCCAUGACUCACGUACACAAUGUGUCAAUGUCUCGACUAACUGUUCAAGUCAAUCGAAAGAAUCUAAUGCACUGAUUGUUGGAAGAGCAAAUGAGAUCAGUCGUUUGACAUCCCUAAUUCAGUCUUAUAUAGACACAAGGAAAAGUGCUAGUUUUUAUGUCAGUGGAGCUCCGGGAACUGGAAAAACAGCAGUCAUUUUACAUGUUGUCCAGAAUUUUAAAACCUUUGAGAAAUGUAGUGCUGCUGUGAUUAAUUGUAUGCAAUUAACGUCAUGUGCAGAUAUAUUUGGACGAAUAUCUGUUGUUUUAGAGGCUAACAAUGGCAAGGAAAAUAGUUCUAUCAGCGACGCUAAUUCAUUGGAAUGCUUUUUGAAUAAACGAUCACCAAAACAAACCAUUAUCCUAGUUUUAGAUGAAGUGGAUCAGCUAUCUACUCGUAGUCAAGAAUUACUUUACAGAAUUUUUGAAUGGCCAUCAAAACUUACUUGUCAUAUCAUUGUUAUUGGAGUGGCGAAUGCGUUGGACUUACCAGAACGUCUAUUGCCCCGUUUGAAAUCAAAAGCUCACAAACCUAUUCACAUUAUAUUUCCACCAUAUUCACAAUCUGAGCUUGCUGAAAUUGUUCAAGCACAUUUAUCUAAGUCAUCAAGUAUUGGGUCAUGUGUGCAACCACUGGCUAUACAGUUAUGUUCUAGAAAAGUUUCGAUUUCCAGCGUUUAUCAUUUCCUUCUUAGUUUAUGA